UCUAGCAAACAGGAACUGCAGAGCUAGGAAUCAAACAAUGCUGCUGCUUCCAAUAUUCAACACUUUUGUCUUGGUGUUUACUCUGGUGACAACUUCCAACUCAAAUCCUGCUCAGGUUGUCCAAAAAUGGGAUCAGAAUGCAUGUACACUUGUUGUGUGCGGACCUGCUCAGAAUGGACUACCAGGAAGCGAUGGGAAAGAUGGCCCUAAAGGGGAAAAGGGAGAUCAAGGAUUAAGAGGGAUACCAGGUCUUCCAGGAAAGGAUGGAUCCCCUGGACCAAAAGGAGACAUAGGUGCAGAAGGACCAAAAGGAGACUGUGGAGGCAGAGAAUGUGAGCUUUUAAAAACUGAAAUAAGGGAUUUGCAAGAACAACUGAAGACCCUGAAAGCUACUGUCAGCAAAAUUCAAAAAGCUUGGAUUUUCAUAAAUGGCAAUAGUGGCAGUGAAAAAACAUUUCAAGCCAAUGGCUCUGAAGGUGACUUUGAGACCUCAAAAGUCACAUGUUCCCAAGCUGGUGGCCUGAUUGCUUCUCCAAGGAAUUCUGCAGAGAACAGUGCCAUACAACAAAUAGUAGUUCGUCAUAACAAAGCAGCAUAUAUUGGAAUAAAUGAUAUACAAAUAGAAGGUUCAUUUAAGUAUCUCAAUGGUGAAGCAAUAGGAUACUCAAACUGGGCUCCAGGAGAACCAAAUAAUGUUGGUGGAAUUGAAGACUGUGUAGAAGUAUAUCCAGAUGGCAGAUGGAAUGACAAAUCCUGUAAUGAAAAACGGUUAAUAAUCUGUGAAUUUUAAUUUCCCUGACCUUGUGAUUUUCAUUAAAAUCAGUUAGUGCAAGUUGGCUUGCAGCUUUAAUAAUUAUAUAACCUUAUUGAUUUACAAUAGCCUCACAUUUUGCAUACCAUGCGGCAUCAGUGAUGUAAACUUAUAGAUAUACUGAAUCUUGUUGAGAUUUCUAUUAUGAUAAAUUAA